AGCCGAAGAGAAGCCGACCUGUCACUCCGGUGCAUGCUGGGGGAUAUCGAGGUAGCGGCAGCAGCGGAGAGCCGACCUGUCGCCGCGGUGCAUGCUGGGAGAUAUUGAGGCAGCAGCCGGGUUGACUCAACCUUCACUCCGCCGUCCGGGGCGCUCCUCAACCGGCUCGAUCCGGCGACGUUAACGGACGUCAUGGACGUCAGCGGACAUCACCCCACGGUGUAGCCGGGCGUCGCCCUGCAGAGAGCCAUGGAGCCGGAGGUGAUCCGCCUCUACUCGUCCUCGCCGCCGCCGAUGGAGGACGCCGGGGACGACGACGACAACGAGUUCGGGGACUUCGGCACGUUCGCCGGCCUCCCGAGCGGCGUCAGCUUCAGCGAGUUCGCCACGCCCAACACCUUCGACCAGAGCCGAGCGCCGGCCGCCACCUCGCCGCCGGAGAUCCUCCACGGCCGAGGGGCGGCGCCGUGCGGCCGCCGCUCCUCCGACGGCGCCCGCGGCGAUCUGUCCAAGCCGGAAAGAACUGAGACGAAAAAGGUGGUGCUGACCAACGGGUUUGCCCCCUCUGACGCUCAGGGGAGCCCCCCCCCGCGGGAUUCUGUCCACGCUCGUCUAAACGGACCGUCCACCGAGGACACGGGCGCCGCCCCCGAGGACGACUUUGCGGACUUUGCCGCUUUUUCCAACGCCGAGGGAAACCCGGCGGCGGAGGAAGAAGAAGAGCGGGAAACGCCCUCAGAGGACGAUGGCGGGGACGCGCACAGAACUGGACCCGGCGAGUCCGAGUCCGUACCCGAGGCGCCCGGCGGCGACACGGACCGGGGCUCGCUCGCGGAGGCGGAGCCUCAACGACGAAGGGACGAAGCCGACGCGCCGGAGCGCUCGGCCCCGGAGGCGGUUUGCUCUCGGGGACCGCUCGCCGAGAACGGGGCGGAGGACGAUUCCAACGGCGCCGCGGGCUGCGGCGGCGGCGAGCUCUCGCCGGACGCAGCCGCAGACGGCGAGGCGGGACCGUCGGACGGCUCCGGUGACGAGGCGGAGACGGCGCCGGGCCGGCCGCUGUCGCCGGACGCUCUGGAGGAGCUCGGCGAGGCGAGCGCCGCGGGCCCGGUGCCCUCGCCGCCCCCCCGAGGGGAGACCGCCGCGCCGGCCGACCGCAGCCAGGAGGACGACGACGAAGACUUUGGUGACUUCGGAGACGCCGGCUCGUUCGCCGACUUUGACCAGCCGGACGUCCAGCAGGAGCCGAGCGAGCCAGACGUCCCCCCCGCCGCCGCCGCCACGCGGGAAACGACAGACGGCAAAGACGAAGACGACUUCGGCGACUUCAACUCCCCCAAAUGUCACGGCGGCGAGAACGAGGGGGGGGGCGGCACAUUUGCGGACUUCCCCGUCAGCGACAGUUUUGGGAAUUUCAACUCGGCGGCUGACGGCGAGGCGGAUGCCGGGUGGAGCGCCUUCGGGGAGCAGCAGGUCGACGAGGAGGAUGAGGAGGAGAAGGAGGAGGAGCAGCUGACGGAGGGGGAGGAGUCCUGGGCGGCGUUCGGAUCGGACCAGAGCGCCGCUCCCCCAGAAAGAGGAGAGGAGGAAGAGGAGGAGGACGAGGGAGAACGCCCUGCCCUCGGCGAGGAAAGCAGCCGGACGGACAGCCAGUCGGCGCCGCUGUCUCUUCGUCUGGAGAAGCUGUUCCAGGGCAGCUUCCCUCAGACCUCCGCCCCCCCACAGGAGGACCAGGUGGAGUCCCUGAGGGUCCUGGUGGGACGCCCGGAGGACCAACCUCAGCCGGGAGCCGAUGAGGAGGAGAAGAAGACGACGUUGCCAAGCAACGGCUACAAACCGGCGUGGCUUCACCUGCGGGACAUCCACGAGUCGGUGGGCCUGCGGUACCAGUGGGGCGGAUCCUACUGCAACAAGGCGCUGCUCUGCUGCCUCGGCAUCGACACGCGCAACAUCCUGUUCACGGGACAGAAGAAGCAGCCGGUCAUCGUGCCCAUGUACGCCGCCAGCCUGGGGAUGCUGGAGCCAACCAAAGAGCCCGUGAAGCCCGUCUCUGCAGCCGAGGUGAUCGCCUCCAUCGCCCAGACGGCUCCAGCGGCUCCGCAGACCGGACCCUGCCCCUCGGACCCGGUCCAGCAGGAGGCGCUCCCCCCCGUCCAGUUCGACUGGAGCAGCAGUGGCCUUACCAACCCUCUGGACGUGAGCGGGGGCUCGUCUCUGUUAAACCUGGACUUCUUUGGUCCUGUGGAGGAUUCAGGCUCCAGCAGCUCGCCCCCCAUCCCAGGCGUGGACCCGGAGCUGUACGAGCUCACCACGGCCAAGAUGGAGUCCGGCGGCGGGCGCGUGGUGGACGCCUUCGCCCGCCUGAUGUCCACCAUGGAGAAGACCAGCACGUCCACCAGGAAGCCGCGGCGCGAGGAGCACCUGAGCGGCGAGGCGUCCGCGGUGAUCGCCCGCCUGCCCGACCUCUCCUUCAUGCAGGCCACGGGGCUGAUGUUCCCCGCCACGCUGACGCCGCUCAGCUGCCGGGCCACGCCGGACUGAAGCCCCGCCCCCUCCUUCCACUGACAGCAUUCCCUUAAGCCCCUCCCCACCGACCGGGCCCAUCGUGACGAGUGUUCCUCGCCUUCUUUUCUUUCUUUCUUUCGUUCUCUCGCUGCAUCUUAGUUCCUCCCUUUCACACUUUGAUUUAAUUUUUAAUUUGCGCUUUUUUGUUUUUCCAACUCUUUUAAAAAUGUAUCAUUGUUGUUGUUAUUAUUCUGAAGAGAAAAGCAUUUAUGAUUACAGGAAACCGCUCGCGGCGUGAAGCAACGGCGACCUGCACAGGAAAACGGAUUUAAUUUAUAGAGUUGAUAAUUUAUAGCGACGGUGUAGAAGUGUGUGUGUGUGUCCAUAUCGAGAAGAAUAAUCAUCGUGUAUAUAAUCAGGGAUUAAAUGUUUCUAUUCCUUUCUGAUUGGCCGGUUUUGGCGUCAGAAGGAAACACUCGGCCGACGCUCUGGAUCAAAACUCCAGUGGAAUAAAUGUGCGUUUAAAUGAAUCUGUUUGUAAACAUCUAUAAGAUCCCUCUAUAUAUAUAAAUAUAUAUUUAUCGACUUGAAGCCACACUGCCUGCAAAAUCCAGCCGGAUGUUCCUGUCCCUUCGUUGGGUUACGGCCUUUCUUAUUUGCGUCUGCUGUCGAUUUUUAAACUUUUCUUUGUGCUUUUUCUUUUUUCUUUUGUUUGACAUAACUUAAGCCCCGCCCCCUCCCUGUCGCCAUCUGCAGAGCGCCGGAUGUUUUUAUUUCUUUUACUCUUAAGUUCUUUCGUCCUGUUGUCAGGUAGAGCUUUUAUUUGGAGGAUUAAAAACGAGUUGUGUUCCUUGUUUUUCUCUCUUAAAAUAAAUAGAUAUUUAAUUUAAUUCUUACGGGGGUGAAAGGGGGACUUUUUUGGGUUAAAACCACUGAAACGUACGUUUCUCUCCAGUGAAGGUCGACUCAUCGAAGGGACUCGAGGGACCAAGGAACCAAGGACACGUUCCUGAUAUGAAGUGCUUCUCGUUUUCUUGUUUUCUGUUGUCUUGUUUUUUUUCUUCUUUUGGUUGCAAGGUUUCUUUGGGGUUCUUUUUGUCGCUCAUGCUACUGUCGGCCCGUCGUCUCCCAGGAGGAUUUUGCACAUUGUAAAGAUGAACUGGAUGUAAUCAGAGUACAUAAAACUGAGGCUGGAGGUAAACUUUACGGGGGAUUCCUAUGGAAACGAAGUGAAGACGUGAAGAGCCCGGAGGUGAAGAGCCGGCUUCCUUUGAGACGACACGUGUGUCAGUUUUACUUUUAGUGUACACAAGAAAUUAAACUAGUUCUCUUCUCG